GUAUGUAUGGAUGGAUGGAUGGAUGAAUGGAUAUAUAUUGUCCUUCGUACACUCUUAGUGUCUCAUAUGAUUUUUAAGAUAAAACCACACCCAACUCAGCUUCUGAUUAAUACCAGAGAUGAUUUCCUGUCACAGUCAGGAAUCAGUUGAAUCAUAUUUGAUCAGAAGUUAAAGUAGAAGCACAGAGCUAAUCUGUGGCCAAGGUGAGAGAGUGAAACCUGAAUGCAUGCUCUUUGUCUCCCUCCACAGCUGCUUUGCCGAGUUACAUCAGGCCAGGCUUUCUGGAGGCACUGUUAAUGCUAAGAACAAGGAAAAUAAGAAAAUCCUUCAAACAGUCAAGCGCUGUCUUUCCGUUGUCAAUGAGGACUAUGAGGACGACAAUGAACAGGUAAGAUAUUAUUUGCUAAAAGACUCACUUAACAAUAAACCUGGGACACGUGACAGUGUUUUUCCCCAGCUCUGUUUCAGUUGUAGUUGUUGAUGUAUUUUCUGCUUCUUUCCCAUUCUUCUCUUAGGAUGCCCAUGAAUGUGUGUUGCUCCUCCUCUUUCAGCUGAAGGAGGAGGGUAUGGCAUUAAAGGGCUCACCAGAGCCAUACACCUGCCCCGUGAAGCAGUUAGAAUUCAAGCUGAAGACUUCCCGUACCUGCACCAGCUGUGGAGUUAUAGUGUAUGGUCAGGAGGAUUACAAUCACUUGUCCCUGAGCCUGAGCCAUUACCUGCCACACAGCCUGGACCUCUACUUUAAGCCAUCUGCGUUAGAGUGUGCAUGCAGGGUGUGCUCAGGCAGCAUGGCAUCUGUGACUAUGCACUUCCUCACGCUGCCCCGGGUCCUAAUGCUUCAUAUCAAGCGAUUUACUGCAGGCGACUGGGAGCCAAAGAAGGUGGAUGAUCCCAUGUCCAUCCCUGCAGAAAUAACCCUCCCAGCCGUAUGUGGGAAGACAGCCCAUGUCCAGUAUGGAGCCAGGUUGGUUUACACUCUGUUUUGGGACAUUGCACAUUGA